AUGGAUAAAAUAAAAACAAAAAUUUCCAAUUGUGGUUCAACACAAUCACCCGAAUCAUCACAAAGGGCUGGUAGACGUGGUGGUGGUGGUGGUGGCGGUGGCGGGGGUGGGGGUAGGGCUCGAAAAAAUGGUGGACGUCGUAAAGGUGGCGGCGGCGGCGGUGGCGGUGGCGGCGGUCAGCAGGCAGUAGGAGGUAGUGGUGCACGAAAACAGGGUAGGGGUGGGGAAAACGGUCAGCGUAAAGGACGGGCAGGUGCUGGUGGUGGUGGUCGUGGUGGUGGUGGUGGUAGAGGUGGUCAAACAUUACAAAAACAACGACAAAAAAAUGGGAUAAUAUAA